GGGAUCAAACCUGCAACUGGCAGGGGCGACACCCGGGUCAGGAAACGUGCUGCUAAAUAGCAUUUUGCUUUGACGGUUAGAGGUCAGCACCUGUGUCACUACUGCAACUCAACUGCCUCUGAACCCCUGUGACUCGUCACUUCCUGGGGGGAUGUGGGGGACGCCCGCCUGUCACAGCUCCCCUCUGCCGAGGACCCCCAGCUCCAGAAUGGCUGGGGUUCUCCCAAGUGCCCUCUUGCUUUUUAUCUUGGGAAACCGCACCGCUGACCAGCUGUGUUGUGUUUGGAAUGGCCGCCCGUGGCUGGGCUGACCCGACACCCUUGUCCUGGCAUCCUAGCCUGACCUGUAGCCCCAUACUGUUUUCAUCCGGACGGACGUCCUUGUUAAUUUUGUUCUUUAUGUGUAUUUGUAAGCUUCCGUAAAUGUUUCUUCAGAAUGACAGAAUGUACACACACGCUGAUACCUCGGUGGCCACCACUGCAGCUCUGAGAACUGCAGGUUACAGGUGCAGCGCCCGUGGCACCACUUACAAUCAAGAAGGUGGGAGAGGGGGAGAGCAGAAGCCGGGACAGAGGCUGAGGGAGGAGAGAGAGAAGAAAGGUGCACAGGCUGUUGAGAUUACAUACAGACAUCCUGCCAAGAUGUUCUCUACAAAGCCCAGACUUGUUGUACCUUACGGCCUCAAGACGCUGCUCGAGGGAGUCAGCAGAGCCGUCCUCAAGACCAAUCCACCCAACAUCACCCAGUUUGCAGCAUUUUAUUUCAAAGAACUUAUUGUGUUUAGAGAAGGGAACAUUCCUCUGGAUAUAAAAGAUCUGGUUAGACAAUUUCAUCAGAUUAAAUUUGAGAAAUGGUGCGAAGAAAGGACAGAAGAGAAGAAGCCAGAGUUCAUAAAAGAACCAGAAGAAGCAGCUGCCGUUCCCAAAGAGCCGACCCGGGUGGAGAAGUCCACGGACACGGAGGAGGACCACAUCUUCGGACCCCAGUUCAUCCACAAGACCACGCAGUUCCCGUCCGUGUAUGCUGAGCAGCAGCCAGCGCCGGAGGACACAAGCAAGGCAGUCCGUCCACCCAAGCCAUGCACCCCCAAGACUACCCCCACCUCGUCACCAUCCCCGGCUGACAUCCCACCAGAGUUUGCCUAUGUCCCCGCCGACCCCGCUCAGUUUGCUGCUCAGAUGUUAGGUAACGUUUCAUCUACUCAUUCUGAUCAGUCUGAAGUUUUAAUGGUGGAUGUGGCAACAAGUUUGCCUGUUUUUGCCAACGAGGUGCUGACUUCAGAGGUUGCUGAAGACACUGUGGUGACCACUUCUGUUGCAAAUUCUGGAGAGAGGGUAGCAGUGCAGGUGGCAAGCCACUCCUCUGUCCAUGUAGCUUUGGGGUCUAAGCCUACAGACGAUCAGGCUGAACCAGCAACGGCUCCCUCACCCCCCUUGCAGGAUGAACAAGACCUCCCUGCCUUUGAUCAAGCUCCUCGGGGGUCCUGGCAGGCUGGCACUGGGGGGAAGGCCACCCCUCAUAUCUCAUCUAUCUUUAACGACAAGCCUGUGAUUGAAGCAGUUACUCAUAUGGAGCGAACAUCAGAAGAAGUAGUUAUCGCUUUUUCCGAUCACAUUGUUAGUCUUAAAGAGAUUGAGCAGUCACCACCAGAGAGUGCCAUUCUUAUAGACAAGAGAGUCUCGGGCGGGCCUGAAAAAGCUGAGGGUUCUGCAAAACUUGCCCCAUUGGAGGAUGCAAACCAUCCCUCCGUGCAGGUGGAGGCAGAAGCAACCAUUCUGAUCUCCGACACCUCUCUGAAAGGCCUGCUUGCACAGUCCCUGAACCCAGAGGGCGCCGCCCAGGCCAUAGGCUCUCAGAGAUCUCUGCAUCUUGAAGUGGAGAUCAUUGCGCUAGUUCCCGGGCAGGAGGAGAACUCGGAAGACUCCGCCCCCCCGGAGGCAGAGGUCAGACCCGUGGGCUCUGGGGAAGCUGCCGAAGCCUUGCACUCAGGUGCCUCAGUAACGCCAGAGAUCGAACCCGAAGGGGAGGCAGCACCUGCACCAGGUUUGAUGGAGCCAGCAAUAGCAACAAGCGAAGCAGGACAGCCACCACCAUAUUCUAACACGUGGACCCUUUACUGUCUAACUGAUAUGAAUCAACCAAGCCGCCCAUCACCGCCACCUGCACCUGGGCCUUUCCCCCAGGCCACCCUCUAUUUACCUAAUGCUAAGGAUCUGCAGAGUCCACCGAAAGUCACUUCUCCAACUUAUGUGAUGAUGGACGACAGCAAGAAGGCCAGUGCCCCGCCUUUUAUCCUAGUAGGCGCCAAUGUCCAGGAAGCGCAGGACUGGAAGCCGCUUCCCGGGCACACGGUCGUGUCCCAGCCAGAUACCCUGAAGAGAUACGCGACAGUCCAAGUGCCCAUUGCCGUUCCUGCAGAUCAGAAAUUCCAGAAACUCCCCCGACAUGCCCAGAGUGCUAGUCCUCCUUCCAGUGGACAAGAAGGUCCCCGGCCACAGAGCCCAGUUUUCCUUUCUCUCGCUAUCCCGGUAGAAGAUGUAGCCAAAAAGUGUUCAGGAUCUGGUGACAAACGUACCCCCUUUGGAAGUUAUGGUAUUGCUGGAGAGAUAACCCUGACUACUGCCAAUGUCCGCAGAGCAGAACCCUAAUGCCACAGAUGCUGAAAACGAGGCUGUCUGAAUCGACGUUCAAGGUGGAGUCUGCCACCACGCGUAAUGUAUCAGUAAACUUCAUGCAGCAUAAUGCCUCGUGCUCUCACUUCUUUGUUACUUUAGGAGGCAUACAAGCAACUGAACACAGAGGCCUUACAUUUUCUCAGACUUGUGACAUAAUAGCAUUUGCCAACUCAUGUCGACAUUGUAAAGAGAAGUGCUCACCCAAGUGUUUUCCUAGUCCGUGUUCCCGUUGGCAUUUCUGUAUUUGGCAUUCACACCAAAUGAAGCAGCUCCUGCCAUAGCCCUGUUUCCCAGAGAAACACCUACUAAGUGCCGCUG